GAUGGGUACUGGCUGCAGGCUGCACCGUGGAGAAAAACGUGCCUUCACUCGUGUUGUGUCAGUGGCUGCCCACCUCACUGAGACCCCUGUUUUAUAACAGCACCACAGCCGGAUCGAUGGAUCUAUAGAGGAUGCAUGCACGCGUGCAGUUGUUUACAAAGAUAAAGGAAUCUCAGAACUCCUCAUGGUGCUUGAAGGCAGUGAGAUGGAUGGCAUUGGGAACACCAUGCAGAAGAAGGCUGCAGAGCUGGAGCGUCUGGCCGAGGUGCUGGUCACUGGAGAACAGCUAAGGUUACGUCUCCAUGAGGCGAAAGUGAUCAAGGACCGGAGGCACCACCUGCGGACGUACCCAAACUGUUUUGUGGGCAAAGAACUAAUUGAUUGGCUGAUUGAUCACAAGGAGGCCACAGACAGGGAGACCGCCAUUAAGAUUAUACAGAAGCUUUUGGACCAGUGCAUCAUUCACCAUGUUUGUGAUGAGCACCGGGAGUUCAAGGACAUGAAGUUGUUUUACCGCUUCAGAAAGGACGAUGGCACAUUUCCAUUGGACAAUGAAGCCAAGGUCUUCAUGAGGGGACAGCGUCUCUAUGAAAAGCUGAUGGAGCCAGAGAACAACCUGUUACAGAGCAGGGAGGAGGAGGGUGGGACAUUUGAGCGAACCCUCGUGGCGUCGGAGUUUAUUGAUUGGCUGCUACAGGAGGGAGAGAUGCCCACCAGAGAGGAGGCCGAGCAACUGGGACGAAGGCUACUCGAGCAUGGCAUCAUUCAGCAUGUUACCAACAAGCACCACUUUGUUGACGGACCGCUGCUUUACCAGUUCAGGAUGAAUUUCAGACGGAGAAGGAGGUUGAUUGAGCUUCUUCAUGAGCGAAGUCGGACCAUCCCGGAGAGCCAUGACAGUCCGUUCUGUCUGAGAAAACAAAACUCAGAUGGGAGCAACACCAGCUUUCUCUCAGUUAGUCCUACUAAAGAGAUAAAGGUGGUGGUGGGGGUCCGCCGCAGCAGCCUGAGCAGCAGCUGUGGGAGCAGUGGUUACUAUAGCAGUAGUCCGACACUCAGCAGCAGCCCACCAGUCCUGUGCAACCCCAAGUCAGUUUUAAAGAGACAAGUGAGUCCAGAGGAGCUACAGGCACCGGGAGGACCCUUUAUAAAGAAGACAUUCACCAUUGUGGGUGAUGCAGUUGGAUGGGGGUUUGUUGUGCGAGGCAGUAAACCUUGUCACAUUCAGGCAGUGGACCCUGGCGGCCCUGCAGCUGCUGCUGGCAUGAAGGUUUGCCAGUUCGUGGUGUCUGUGAAUGGUUUGAACGUACUGUCACAUGACUACAGAACAGUGAGCAACCUCAUCCUCACUGGACCCAGGACAAUUGUUAUGGAGGUGAUGGAGGAGAUUUGAAUAGAAAGACAGAAAAAAAGUGCACAACAUAGUACACUUUCUGCAAAGAUAACUUCAGAAGAACUUGCCCUUGAAAAACCAGAGCAGCAGUGACUGGAGACUCAACUUGUUCACUUUGUUUGGACAAGGUGGGUGACGGGCCAGAACUAUGUUUAAAAGUGCGAAGGUUGAGUAAAUGAUUCUUGAAAACAGGACAAGAAUAUGUCCGUAGAUGCACAAAAACUGUAAAGAAAAUGUUUUUAAAAAAUCAUUCAACCAUGUUGCGCUAAUCUCACUGGAAGAGACAAAAAUCUGAGUCAAAUAGCAUCAUGAAUUUGAUUGUUAAUGGGAUUACAGUAUUGCAGGGAUUUCCAAGUAUUUCGUUCACAUCUAAAGAUGACCCAGGAAGAAUGAUUCACAGGCCUUGACCCAUGGCAUGUGACCCCCACUUGUGGCCACUCCUGAAGAUUUUCUGGCCCUGGUCUGCCCUCUGCUGGAAGAAUGGAAUACUGAAAUAAUUACAACUUUUUAAAACAAAGUUGUAGAUGAACAAAACACACUAGGAAAACUCACUUGUACCUAAAUAUCUUUGUAUACAAAAUGAAUUGAAAACAUAAUCAAAAUUAUCAAAACUGUAAUUUAAUAAUUAGACUUUUCUGGUGAUGUUUGCUUUUUUGCUUAGUUUGUUUGUUUUGUAAACAAACAUUAGCACAAUAACCAAUAGUUUGAAUUGACAUAAGCACUUAAGUGAUAAAUGAUUGCUUUUAUAAAUCUUGUAUUUACAUUCUACAAAAAUAACGCACAAUCAGUCACUUAAUAUUGUGUGAAGAAAUACUCUUAGAUGUUAUGACAAACACAUGUAUGUACAUGUUUACUGACCACAUUGAUCACUAUAUUGUUUGGACAAAUAAUAUUUUAAAUUCAAAGUUAGACUAUGUUUAAAGCUCAGUAUAUUUUUGCACCUCAUUGGCAUUAUGUGUAAAGGAAGUUUGAUUUGAGUGCGAUUUUAUUAUACAGGUCUAAAAAGAGCAUGGUUCACAUGUAGGUCUGUAGUUUGUAAAGCCAGUCCUAUAAAAACUUUAUGAAUUAAGUUUUGUUACUUUAGAGAGGUUCAGUAAAGAUACUCCCAUAGCUUCACAUAGCACAUUUCUUGCAAGUAUCUGGCAUGUCUCUAGUGUCAUCUUGUUAAAGUCAAUGUCAGUCCUGUUAAGUCGUAACAUGCAUGACGUCUGAAGACUAGUUGUAUAUUUUCACAGUUUAGAAAUAAUGAUAAAAGAGAGUUGUAGAUUUUAAAACCCUUACUGAACCCUCACUGUUAGCUGUCAGACUAGCAUUUUAAUAUUUUGUCAAACUACUAUUUAACUUACUCUUAACAUUUUUGUUGACGUUUAAAGGAUGAAAUGGCUGCUUGUAAUGAAAAGUUAUAGAUGACUUAAGAAGAUUGUAACAUAAUUCUUAAAACCAGCUUUAACUUUCUGAACAUAUUUUGUCACUGUGGUUGACUAACUGCAACUUUUACUUUUAUGUUAAUAUGUUAUAUUUCUCAUAAAGCGAUUGUGCCUGGGACUGUUUCCAAAAGCGGGUUAUAAAGGGGACAAAGGUUGCACUAGACUCGUAUAAUAAUAAAAGAGUGUCUGGUGUGGCCUCAGAAAGAUCUUGAACAGGUUAGUAGGUCAAAGCUGGUAAAUACAAAAUGUUCUUUGACUGUUCAACUACAAAUAUUUGCCUUAACAACUUGUUUUGCUGCUAUUACUGCUUAGCCUCUUCCUCAGUAGCUCCAAUCAUUUAGACAAUCAGUGUCUGCGUGUUGGUGUGAACAGCAUUUACAAGAAGCACAAUGGAAAGCAAUGGAAUGAUGUACUGAUGGUGUUAUUACAGCAUUUUACGUUGAUGUAAAGCCGACUGUUAUAAAAGGUACUGCAGAAUUAUUUUUAGACUUUUGUGGGACUUUGCGACAGUAGCUUACACCAUCAGUUGUUGUAGCUAUGGUUCAUUUGGAUGUUCUAAUACAAUAAAACAAAAAAUAAUACUAAA